GUCGUUUUGAUAUGAAGCAGCGAUACCCUGCGGAAAAAGGCCGUCUCUUUGGUUUCCUUGAACCAAGCUGAACUGAAUCCAGAUUCCCGCCAAUCUUGAUUUGGCUCCCGCAAAACCCUGGAAAUCGAAUUCGAGUUCAAAACGAAAAUAGGGAAUUAAAGAAAGAAGAUGCCUCAGGUGAGCAUCACUGUGAAGAAUUUCAUGGACAUGCUGGCUUCCCUACCUGCCAUGAAGAGUGACACACUGUACCAUAAUCAAUUCAUUUGCGAAGCCAUUCUCAGGUCUCUGCCACCUCUGGCGAAGAAUUAUGUGCUUCAAUUGUUGUACAUUGAUGUCUCGGUGACAGCCAAGCCGUUACAGGAGUGGGAACUUGCUGAUGGAUCCACAAAGCAUAAAGUUGCCAUUGAUAGGUUGAUUCAGUUAAGAGUAUUAGAGGUUGUUGAUAGGAAGAAAUAAACCACUUACAAAUUAAAUCAAACAUUCCAGACAAACCUACGACAGCACUUAUUAAAAGGUGGAGUUUUGGCGAGGGAACCAAUGCCUUCUAACAUUGUGAGGCGGCCAAGUUUGGGGGAACUUGAAGCUUAUGCCCUUGAACAAUGGGAGGCCAAUCUGAAAGGCAAACAAACUUGAGCUCUUCCAUGAUGAGAAUUUUUCAGUGAGGUCUUCUGAGUCAGAGAGAGAAAGAAGCUCCAAGAUUAACUGAGAGUGGCUUCCAGUUCUUGCUGAUGGAUACAAAUGCAAAACUUUGGCAUAUUAUCAGAGGAUAUAUCUCUAAUUCUGAGGUAUGGAUUCAUGGGGUUUCUCUGAUUAUUUCAGUUAAGUACUUGAGAAGAGGAAAAUUGUGGAAUUAAGAUAUCACAGUUUUUUUAAUGCAUUUUAUUAUUUAGUGAAUGGUAGUAAGGAAAUAAUUUAUUUAUGAAGAG